GGACGGAAAAGAACGGCGCAACUUCCGGUUGACCCGGAUGUGCCUCACUUGAAUCCGACCGCUGUUAUUUUUUUUUUUCGGCAACUACGAGCCGCGGCCAGGGCUGAACGAGAUAUUGAAGCUUGUUCAGCGGACUUAUUGGAUUAAAAACAAAGUGUAAUAUCCUUUUUUUUGCCUCGUCGAAUCAAGCGGAGUGUUACAACAACAACAACAACAACAAAAGAAAAUGUCCCGAAGACGACACAGCGACAGCGAUAAUGAGGGAGGUCAGGCACAUAAGAGGAGGAGAACCUCGGAGCCCAUCGAAAUCGAAGACCGCCUGGAGUCACUGAUAUGUCGAGUCGGGGAGAAGAGUACGUCGUCCCUGGAGAGCAACUUGGAGGGCCUGGCGGGUGUGUUGGAGGCCGACCUUCCAAACUACAAAAACAAAAUCCUGCGCAUUUUAUGCUCCGUCGCCCGCAUCCUGCCCGAGAAGCUGAGCGUUUAUACGACGUUGGUCGGCCUCUUGAACGCCCGGAACUACAACUUUGGGGGCGAGUUCGUGGAGGCGAUGAUCAGACAACUGAAGGAGACGCUGAAAAACAACUUGUACAAUGAAGCCGUUUACUUGGUGCGUUUUCUGUCCGACCUGGUCAACUGCCACGUGAUUGCUGCACCUUCAAUGGUGGCCAUGUUUGAAAACUUUGUCAGUGUUACUCAAGAGGAAGAUGUACCUCAGGUUCGGUCCGACUGGUUCGUGUAUGUGGUGCUGUCCUGUCUGCCGUGGGUCGGGAAGGAGCUCUACGAGAAGAAGGACGUGGAGAUGGACCGGCUUCUCAGCCAGAUCGAAGGCUACCUCAAGGGGCGAGCGAAGACACACGUCCCCAUGCUGCAGGUGUGGACAGCAGAGAAGCCCCACCCACAAGAGGAGUACCUGGACUGCCUUUGGGCCCAGAUCCAGAAGCUCAAGAAAGACCGCUGGCAGGAGCGCCACAUCCUCCGUCCUUACAUCGCCUUCGACAGCGUGCUGUGUGAGGCCCUGCAGCACAACCUGCCCCCCUUCACCCCGCCGGGCCACAUGCCCGACGCCCAGUACCCCAUGCCCCGGGUCAUCUUCCGCAUGUUCGACUACACCGAUGCCCCCGAGGGUCCCGUUAUGCCCGGCAGCCAUUCUGUGGAGAGAUACGUCAUCGAAGAAAACCUGCACUGUAUCAUCCACACUCACUGGAAGGAGAGGAAGACGUGUGCUGCCCAGUUACUGAGCUAUCCAGGGAAAAACAAGAUCCCGCUCAACUAUCACAUCGUGGAGGUGAUCUUCGGAGAACUUUUCCAGCUGCCGACUCCGCCCCACAUCGACGUCAUGUACACGACGCUGCUCAUCGAGCUGUGCAAGCUGCAGCCGGGAUCACUGCCGCAAGUUUUGGCCCAAGCUACAGAGAUGCUGUACAUGAGACUUGAAACCAUGAACACCAGCUGCAUAGACCGACUAAUCAACUGGUUUUCUCAUCAUUUGAGCAACUUCCAGUUUCGAUGGAGCUGGGAUGACUGGUCUGACUGCUUGACCGUGGAUCUGGAGAAGCCUAAGCCCAAGUUUGUCAAAGAGGUUCUGGAGAAGAGUAUGAGACUUUCAUACCAUCAGCGGAUGGUGGACAUCGUCCCUGCAACCUUCGCGGCGCUCAUCCCAGCUGAACCCCUCUUUAAGUACAAAUACGAAGAUGAGAGCGCUUCUUCGUUGCCAGGUUACCAAGCAUCCAUCAUUGUCGGAAACGCCAUAAAGAACCGGGCAUCCAACGAGGAGAUCCUCACCCUGCUCAAAGACGUGCCCAACCCCAACCAAGAAGACGACGAUGAUGAGGGAGAGAGCUUCAACCCCCUGAAGAUCGAUGUGUUCCUGCAGACUCUGCUCCACCUGGCAGCCAAGUCCUUCAGCCACUCCUUCAGUGCCCUCGGCAAGUUCCAUGAGAUCCUGAAGGCCCUGACGGAGCGCGACGAGGGGAAGCUGCACAUCCUCAAGGUGGUUUACGAAGCGUGGAAGAAUCACCCGCAGAUGAUCGCGGUGUUGGUGGACAAAAUGAUUCGGACGCAGAUCGUGGACUGUGCUGCCGUGGCCAACUGGCUCUUCUCUCAGGACAUGGCCCACGAGUUCACCAGACUUUUCGUUUGGGAGAUUCUGCACUCGACCAUCCGAAAGAUGAACAAACACGUCCAGAAGAUCCAGCAGGAGUUGGAGGAGGCCAAGGACAAACUGGAGAAGCAGCAGCAUAAGAGGCAAAAGGACAGCGGGGACGAAGAGGACAUGGACAAGAACAGCGAGGAUGAGGAGGGUCAGCUGGAGGAGCAGAUCGAUCGGCUACAGGAGAAGGUGGAGUCGGCCCAGAGCGAACAGAAGAACCUCUUCCUCGUCAUCUUCCAGCGGUUCAUCAUGUUGUUGACGGAGCAUCUGGUUCGCUGUGAGACGGGCAGCGUGGACAUCAGCACGCCCUGGUACAAGAACUGCAUCGAGCGGCUGCAGCAGGUCUUUCUCAUGCACCACGUGACCAUCCAGCAGUACAUGGGAACCCUGGAGAACCUGCUGUUCACCGCAGAGCUCGACCACCACAUCCUGGCCGUGUACCAGCAGUUCUGUGCCCUCCAGCUCUGAGACACACACACACACACACACACACACUGGCACAUGUAAUUGGAUGAAAUGUGUGCUUGUGUUCACACAGUACCUGUGCUAAACCUACACAUUAGAAACUACCAGCUCUUGCAUCAAGAAUAUCCUCAUUUCUUUGUUUUCCUUUGUGUGUUCGGUGCCAUUCGUUAGUUUGAGGACUUUCAAAAAGUAGGAAUUCAAACAAGAGUUUGACGAAAGCCUCCAUUAAUUUGCUGUAGUCGUUUCCCCUUUUUUUGUUUUUAUUUUUAGCCUGGGUUUCCCCAUUCUGUUCAUUUUUACAUCCUGCUCGUAUUCUUAUGAAUGGGUCUUUUUUUUUUUAACUGUCCAGACGCAGCUGGAGGAAUGAUGAUGAUGAUGAUGAUGAUGAUGAUGAUGUUGGGAGGCGGGGCUCGAUUCUGAAUCUGGAGAGCGCUCUACCUUUUUUUUACAUUUGUUUUAUGUGGAAUUGGGAAAUAAUUAAAAACUCUCCAGUCUUUAUCUCUUUA